AACUCUGGCUUUGAAGGGGCGCUUUUCCCUCGGUUUUUCCCCGAGGAAGAAGAGCGGCUCGUUCGGACUUCCUCCGCCAGGAUUUACCGUCAGUCGGACUAUAAUUAAUCCCUCCUAGAUCGCCGCUGGUUUUCCGUCUUUCAUCCGUCCCGCAGCAGUCCUGGCAAGUUCUAACUUCAUGGUUGCAGGGAGGGACGGACUGAAGAGUUGGAUUCCGUUCUGCCCCCGGAUCCUGCUAACCGGACCUGCUCCCACGGCAUAAAAGUCACAGUGAGUUGAUGCAUUAGAACACGAUGGGUUCCCAUCGCUGCCUCCUGCUGCCGUGGAUCCUGCUGCUGCUGGUGGUUCAGGUUCAGUCCAGGCCAGCCACAGAGGACACAGACAAAGAUGCAGCAAAGUCAUCUGAAGACGAAGAGGACGAAGAGUCUUCCUCAGAGGAAAAUAAAUUGUCCAAUGAAUUGUCAACAAGCAACGAAAAGCUCCAACCGCUGGCGCCACAGUGGGUGAUGCCAGAGAAGAUGGAGAAGCAGCUCCAUGCUGUGCCUGCCAGCAGAACUGUCAAGUUCCGGUGUCAAGCGACUGGAAACCCAGUGCCCAGACUGCACUGGUACAAGAAUGGGAAGGAGUUCAGGAAGGACCAACGAAUCGGAGGGUUUAAGAUCAGAGACCACUUGGGGACACUGAUAAUGGAGUCAGUGGUCCCUUCUGAUAGAGGGAACUACACCUGUGUGGUGGAGAAUGUUCAUGGGAGCCUGAAACACACCUUCCUUCUGGAUGUAAUCGAGCGUUCUCCUCACAGACCCAUACUGCAGGCAGGUCUGCCGGCCAAUCAGACAGCCGUGGUUGGCAGCAAUGUGGAGUUUGUGUGCAAAGUGUUCAGCGAUCCGCAGCCUCACAUCCAGUGGCUCAAACACAUCAUGGUCAACGGCAGCAAACAGGGACCGGAUGGACAUCCCUUUGUCCUGGUUCUCAAGGCCGCAGGUUUGAACACCACAGAUAAAGAAAUGGAGGUUUUGACUCUGAAGAACGUAUCCCUGGAUGAUGCUGGAGAGUACACCUGCUUAGCGGAGAACUCAAUCGGAGUGUCCUACCAUUCAGCGUGGCUCACUGUGGUUGAUGAGUUACUGCCCUCACCGCUGCCCUCCCAGACAUACUUGGAGAUCUUCAUCUACUGCCUCGGGUUUUUCAUCAUCAUCAUUCUCACAGUGUCUGCAGUCAUGUGUAGGCUCUGCUGUGCCCAGAAGAAGAGGGACUUUAACAGUCAGCUGGGAGUGCAGAAAUUAGCCAAGAGCAUUCCUUUGAGAAGACAGGUUUCAGUUAAAUCCUCAUCCUCCCAACAGUCAGGGAUGUGUUUGAUGCAUCCAUCCCGUCUCCCCAGUGCAGCCACCACCAUCCUGGCCGGAGUAUCAGAGUAUGAACUUCCUUACGAUCCUGUAUGGGAACUGCCACGUGAACGGCUCACACUGGGGAAGCCACUGGGAGAGGGUUGCUUUGGUCAGGUGGUGCUCGCUGAGGCUAUGGGGAUCGACAAGAAUAAACCCACACGUAUAACCAAAGUGGCUGUGAAGAUGCUGAAAGCGGAUGCCACAGAAAAGGACCUGUCUGACCUGAUCUCUGAAAUGGAGAUGAUGAAGAUUAUAGGGAAGCACAAAAAUAUCAUCAACCUCUUGGGCGCCUGCACUCAGGAUGGUCCUCUUUAUGUGGUGGUGGAAUACGCAUCGCAGGGGAAUCUUAGGGAGUAUCUGCGUGCUCGUCGGCCCGCCGGGUUGGAGUACUGGAGCGGCUUGCGGCAGGCUAGCCUGGGCAGUCUGGAGAUUAGGGAGUUGGUGUCCGCUGCUUACCAAGUGGCUCGAGGAAUGGCAUACCUCGCAUCAAAGAAGUGUAUCCACAGAGACUUAGCAGCCAGGAAUGUCUUGGUGACUGACGACAAUGUGAUGAAGAUCGCCGACUUCGGCCUGGCUCGAGACAUCCACCAUAUUGACUACUACAAGAAGACCACUAAUGGCCGUUUACCUGUGAAGUGGAUGGCCCCUGAAGCUCUCUUUGAUCGGAUAUACACACACCAAAGUGACGUGUGGUCAUUUGGUGUCCUGCUGUGGGAGAUUUUUACCCUUGGAGGCUCUCCUUACCCCGGCGUCCCCGUGGAGGAGCUCUUUAAGCUGCUAAAGGAGGGUCAUCGCAUGGAAAAACCCUCUACAUGCACUCAGGAGCUGUAUCUGAUGAUGAGGGAAUGCUGGCAGGCUGUUCCAUCACGCAGGCCCACCUUCCAGCAGCUUGUAGAAGAUUUAGAUCGAAUGCUUUCUCUCAUGGCCAACCAAGAGUACCUGGACUUGGCCAUCCCUCUGGUCCAGUACACUUCGGUCAGUGGCUCUGCCUAGGUUCAUCCAAGUACCUCAUCAUUGUCGUCCUGGGAACGUUUUCUUCCUGUUUCCUGUGCAGCACUGCUCAGCCUCAGAUGAGGCCACUGGGCAGAGCAGGAGACGGAGCUCAGAUGAACUGUGACACUGCUGGGUUAUGUAAGGAACAGCUGGAGUGAACGGGACUCCCUCAGACAGGAAACACACCCUCCUGCUAGAAGAGGAGAAAAAGACUGACCUCAGACGCUGAAGAAGGACGUUUGUUCCAGCGUGUCUAUAAUAAUGUACUCCAUGUUAAUAUUGUACAUACUUGUUUGUUAUAUUUUGAAUUUCAGUCUGGUUGUAUCACAGUGAUGUGAAGUGGAAAAGAUAAAAAAUAAGUGGACAGCACCAUGUUCUAAUACAGCUAUAUAGUUAUUGUUCUUUAUUUUUACUGUUGGAUUUCUGCCCCUCAGCAGAAUAACUGAUCACACAUAAAUUAAUUGAUCAUAUGUAAAUUAAUUGAAGUCUCAGAUUUAUUCUCUGUUUGUUUUUCUUUAAAAACAAACACGUAUUGCACUUAUCCUCUGCGGGCUGCUGCUGUUAGACAAUGAGCAUUAAGCUGAAUGUGUAAUAACUAAAUAGCAGUUUAAAAAAAUAUAUUAAAAAGAAGGCAGAACAAUGUUGGAAAGCAUAUAUUUUUGUUGUCAUUUAUCUCUUUCAAUUUAAUGGGGCCUAGUCAGGUAUUUUGACCAUAACAA